CCAGAAGUGGGAGGGAGGGAGAUUUUCCUUUCACUUUCCCUUCUACCUUAGGAUACACAGGAGAGCUAGAGAGGGUGCAGAGCCCCCACUCCUUGACCAGAGUGGACAGACCGGACAGGGGUCCUGUGACUGGAGAAAAGGGCGUAUCUGGGUUGCAGAGAGCUGGGUUUGGUCAGAGGCUGGGAGGGAGGAGAUGCAGGCAGGGGGAGGCAGUGGGAGGUCACCAAAGGGCAAACCCAGUGUGGGACAAGUUGGUGCUAUGCCAGCCACGUGGGGUGCAAAGGCCAGGGAGGCCCAAGGGCCCCCUCUGUGCCCCAGAAUAGCCAUGGCCCCAAAGUGCAAGCCCCAAGUGCAGCAUGAGGGCCUUGAGAAGAAGAGGCAGCCAGGUACAGAAGAAGAGGACAAUUUCCACUCCACUGCCGAGGCCCUGAGGGCCGCACCCACAGAGAAGCAUGUAGUCCGAGUGGACCCCCUGUGCCCGCUCAGCAGCAACCCCGGGACCCAGGUAAGCUGUAACUACGACUGCAUCCUGAACCAGACCAACAUCGCGAGCAACAACAAGUUCUACAUCAUCCAACUGCUGGAGGAGGGUGACCACUUCGUCUGCUGGAACCGCUGGGGCCGUGUGGGAGAGGUGGGCCAGUCAAAGCUCAGCCCCUUCGUGUCACUGGAGGAAAAGAAAGACUUUGAAAAGAAAUUUCGGAACAAGACCGAGAACAUUUGGGCAGAGCGGGACCACUUUGUGGCCCACCCCAGCAAGUACACACUUAUCGAAGUACAGAGAGAAGAUGAGGCCCAGGAAGCCAUGGUGAAGGUAGACGGAGGCUCCAUGAGGACUGUGGUUUAACGGGUGCGGCCCUGCUCCCUGGACCCAGCCACACAGAAGCUCAUCACCAACAUCUUCAGCAAGGACAUGUUCAAGAAUGCCAUGGCCCUCAUGAACCUGGAUGUGAAGAAGAUGCCCCUGGGGAAGUUGAGCAAGCAGCAGAUUGCCUGAGGCUUUGAGGCCCUGGAGGCACUGGAGGUGACUCUGAAAGCCCCCACAGAUGGUGGCUGCAGCCUGGAGGAGCUGUCCUCCCACUUCUACACUGUCAUUCCCCACAACUUCAGCCACAACCGGCCCCCCCCCACCAACUCCCCGGAGCUUCUGCAGGCCAAGAAGGACAUGCUGCUGGUGAGGGUGCUGGCCAAGACUCUGAAGGCAGCCCCAGAGGAGACAAAGCAGGUGGAGGAGGUGCCACACCCACUGGACCAAUAUUAUCAGCUCCUCAAAUGCCAGCUCCAGCUGCUGGACCCAGAGGCACCGGAGUACCAGAUGCCCCACAGAGGAAUGGGACUCGCAGUGAUGCAUACCUAUUUAGAACAGACUGGCAACAACUACAGGUGUUCUGCUCUCCAACACAUUUGGAAAGUGAACCGAGAAGGGGCGGGCAAUCAGUUCCAGGCUCACUCCAAGCUGGGUAAUCAGAAGCUACUGUGGCAUGGCACCAACAUGGCUGCGGUGGCCGCCAUCCUCACCAGCGGGCUCCGCAUCAUGCCACAUUCUGGUGGCCGUGUUGGCAAGGGCAUCUACUUCGCCCCAGAGAACAGCAAGUCAGCUAGCUGUGCUACUGGUAUGUCCUGCGGGGCCCAUCACAUUGACUACAUGUUCCUGGGUGAGGUGGCACUGGGCACAGAGUACCACUUCACCGACGACAAGCCCAGCUUGAAACAGCCACCCGCUUGCUUCAACAGUGUCAUCACCUGAGGCCACACAGAGCCUGACCCAACCCAGGACACCGAGCUGGAGCUGGAUGGACAGCAAGUGGCAGUGCCCCAAGGCCAACCCGUGCCCUGCCCAGAAUUCAGCAGCUCCAGUUUCUCCCAGAGCGAGUAUCUCAUCUACCAGGAGAGCCAGUGCCACCUGCGCUACCUGCAGGAAGUUCGCUUCUGAGCUGUCUGCCUGCACCCCAACUGCCCAGCCAGGGCCCUGCUAGGAGCUCACCCAUCCUCCUCAAUCUUUCUGCCCAUCCCUGGUGUCCCCAUAUCACUCCUUCUUCCUACUCUUAAACCUCCCUCCUGGGUUCCAGACAGUGAUCGCCUCUCCCUCCAUUCCUUGUUAGUCCUGACAUGGCUGUAGCCUCAGGGUCUCGCCUUCUCAGGUGAUGAGCCUGAUGAACUGGCAUUAUUACUGGGACCUGGAUACAGCAGUUUGGGGGGCACAGGCUGAGAGUGGGUGGGUUCCUCAUCCAUUCGGGCCGUCCACUUAGCCCAGACCGUCCUUCCGAGAGGUGUGAUCACCAAGGUGGGCCGAACUUCAGGCACGCAGGGGCGUGUUUAUUAAAUGUUGUAUUCACUCACCCUUGGCCUCUGCUUGUCGGUGCCACAGCUGCGCCAGGCCCGGGCCUCCUCACUCUCCACGGCGACCUCUAGGGAGUUCACAGCAGUUCCAGCCCCACUCUCGGGAGCGACCGCUCACAAGGGUUGAUGUGGGUCACACACUCCCACCCACCUGGUCAAUCUACAUCAGUCACUGCAACAGCCAGCCUCCUCUGAUCACUGAGCCUUCAGAGGGGACCCUUGCCAUCAACUCAGAACUGUUAGUCACGUGGGACCCACCUGGUGAUUCUGUCCUUCAGCCCAAACGUGGCCACGCACAUCAAGCGGGCCUCAUGUCUGGGCACCAAACACCCAUGUGUGUCUUAUAUCUGAAUAUUAUAGACAAGCUGAGAAUAUGUCCAAGGGGCACAGCUCUGGUGUCACAAAAGGCAUGCUAGUUAUCACCCCUGGUAACCCUGUCCACAGACGAGGGGUGCAGGCACUAGACAACAGGUCAGGAUCUGGUGCAGAGUCACACACUGCAUUUUGUUUUCAUGUCUCUGUGGCCUCCUUUCAUCUGAAACCAUUCCUCAGCUUUUCUUUUUCCCCAUAACUUUGACACCUUCAACACUCCCGAGGAGUACAGGCCAGUUGUUUGAUGGACUGUCUCUCAAUUUGGGCUUGUCUGAUGUUUUGCAGUGAUUAGAUGCAGGCAUUGCAGUUUGGGCAGGAACAUUAGGUGAACGAUGUGUCCUCGGUGCACUGUAUCAGGAGGGACACGUCCUAUUGUUAGUGAUGUUAACUUUGAUCACUUAAGGUGGUGUCCACCAGGUUUCUCCACUGGGAAGUUACCACUUCUCCCAUUUGUAAUUAAUCAGCAAUCUGUGGGGAAAUAUUUUGAGGUGUGACUGUCCCAUUCCUCAUCAACCUUCACCAGCUAGCUUUCACAUCCAAUGAUGAUUUUUACCUGAAAUCAAUGGCUUGAAUCAACUUUUGCUUAGAUGGUUGCAAAUGAGUUACCUAAUUCCAUCAUUUCUUCUAUAUUUAAUAGUCCCCUUUCAUUCUUUCUUAUCAGUAUGGAUUUAUGGGUUGUUAUUUCUAUGCAAUGGGUUAUAAUCUGUUACUGUUAUUAUUUUGAUCCUUAAAUUUUCCUAGCUUUGGCCAGCAGAAGGUCCUUCACGAUGACUCCUGUGGCUACAUCGUUUUGUGAGCACUUCCUUAGCUUCUGGCAUCAUGAGAUGUUCCAGGCUCAUCUUGCACAAACCUGGAAUCUGCCAUUUCUCCAAGGAGCCCUGGUUCUCUGGAGCCAGAAAUGGUAUUUAGAAUCCAAGAUCUGAGCAGUAGGUUUGUUCUUUGAUAUUGUGUGUCACUGCUUUUAAGUCCUUGUAGCAGAGAGAGCUAGGAAAUAGGUCUAUGAAAAUUAACAAACACAUCUAUCUGUAUCUAUUUCUCUAACUCCAAUUCAGCACCACAGGGUCCUUCCAUUCUUCCCCAAAUCCAUGUUUAUACCCCUUUCUCUAACAGUCAGAGCCUUGGUUCCCAACAACAUCAGUACAUUUACUUAUUUGUUCAAUUCCACAGAAAAAGAAGUUCCAGAAUUGCUACAUCCAAGCCAUUGUGAAAAACAAAGUUUCUAAGUAGAGUUCAAGAUUUAUUGAAUCUUAUUCAAAAUCUCUUUUUGUCUUUAGAUGGAGGGUCAAUGGUCAAAGUAACAGUUUGAGCCCAGGUUCCAAUGUUACUUGGAUUAGUUAUCUGUUUCCCUUCAGCGUAGUUAUGUUAUUCAUUUGAAAUGCUGGUCGGUUCAUUUGUUUCUGGUUCUGUUAUUCUUGGGUUUUCCUCAUCGUUGUUAAUUUAUUUUUUUUCAAUACGUAGAACAUUAACAUGGUUCCCAAAAGUCCAAGUUGUACAAAAGUCCAAGCAGAGUGUCCUUCUAGUCAUCUUAAUCCAUGCCAUCCAACCUGCUGUAGAGGGGGUGGGUGAAGUUUAUCCUUCCUGCAUUUCUUUUUGCAAAUUAAAAAAAUAAAAAACCAUAAACUACAAA